AGCGUUAACUCUUUAUUUGGGGAGCGGGGCUAAACUGACAGCUGCAACGUCAUAUUUACGCGUCGGUGUUUUUGUUGAAUAGUGUACACCACCGUUUGAAUUGCUGUUGCCAGCAUGGUGGUGUUCCCAAGUUCACUGACUGAGGAAGAGGAAGCCCUGCAAAAGAAAUAUGCUAAACUAAAGAAAAAGAAAAAGGCGCUGCUUGCCUUGAAGAAGCAGAGUUCAACCAACCAGACGAAUCAGAGUGGCCUGAAACGCACUUUGUCGGACCAGCCUGUUGUUGACACUGCAACGGCAACAGAGCAAGCAAAGAUGCUGAUCAAGUCGGGCGCGAUCAGUGCCAUCAAAUCUGAGAACAAGAAUUCAGGCUUUAAACGCUCUCGAAUGCUGGAAAUCAAACUCAAGGACCCUGAGAAAGGCCCAAUUCCUGCUUUCUUACCAUUCCAGAGGAGUGUUUCUACAGAUGAAGAACAACCCGAGUCUGGAAAGAGAGCCCACAGGAAAUCUCUUUAUGAGAGCUUUGUCAGUUCAAGUGAUCGAUACCGGGAUGAUGAUGAUGGAGGUGGCAUGUCAUCCAGUCGCAACACAGACACAGACAGAGACAGAGAGAGAGAGCGCGACCGCGACCGAGAGCUGGACAGGGAGCGGGACAGAGAUAGAGACCGGGGCAGGGACAGAGAACGGGACAGAGAAAGAGACAGGGAGAGAGACCGAAGCAGAGACAGAGACAGAGAGAGGGACCGGGACAGAGACAGAGAUGGACCCUUUAGACGGUCAGACUCGUACCCGGAGCGAAGGGGGGUGCGAAAGGGGAAUACGGUGUAUGUUUAUGGCUCUGGGCUUGUCGAGGACAGCCUGCGCUCUGCUUUCUCUCAACAUGGAAACAUCAUCGACCUCUCCAUGGACAACCCACGCAAUUGUGCAUUUAUCACAUUUGAGAAGAUGGAGUCUGCAGACCAGGCUGUAGCCGAGUUGAAUGGAAGUACAGUGGGAGAUGUUCACAUCAAAGUCAGCAUCGCCAGGAAGCAGCCCAUGUUGGAUGCUGCCACUGGCAAAUCUGUCUGGGCGUCACUGGCUGUGCAGAACAGCACUAAAGGCUCCUACAGGGACAAGAGGAACCAGGUUGUGUACAGUGAAGACUUCCUCAAAUGAAAAAACUGUGCUUUUGUAUUUUGACAUUGAGCUUUUCGUGUUUUUCUUUAAAUGUUAGCCAGCUGCUUGAACUGCCUGUUUCAGGAGAUGUACCAAAUUUUCUGUUGUCUUUUUAACAUUAGAUCAUUGUACUUCACAUGAUCAGUAUGUGGUUCUGUGUGGCAGCUUUGCUCAUUAAACUAGAGAUAUGGUUUUGUAUUGCUAAUAGUCCAUACAUUGUUACAUUUGUACAGAAAGUCAUAGAAACAUCCUAUUAGAUUGAUUCCUUUUGUUUGAAUGACUUUCUUCUGUAUGACAGGAUGCUAUGCUAAAUGCUAUAAAGGUGAUUUUAAC